AUGUACAUUCUGCGCUUUUUAGCCGGUAAACGAGCUUUGUAUUCUAAAAUUUCCCUUUAUAUCGGUGAAAUGGAGUCAUCUAAAGUAAGGAACGCGACUAUCACUUCCUUUACGACUCUUUCUAACGCUAGUAAGCGUAAAAUUGAUCUUGGGGAACCCAAAUCUGAUAGAGGCCGAGAAAUCGAAGUCAGACCGUCACGCUUAUAUUCUGUUAUUGGAACAGUAAGUCUUUCACUCCUUAUGUUUAUAAGAUGGUUCCUUGGCAUUGUUCUCCUUGGUCCAACUCAACAGUUAAAUAGAACGUUUGAUCGCAAAAUACCGUCGAAAAACUCCGCCUCCAACCAAGAAUCGAAACCGAAGACUAUGCGUGGUUUCAUACUUGAUGAUGUGGCAUCAUGUGACAAACUCUUGCAAUCCUACAGGUCACAGUAUCCUCUUAAAUUGAAUUUUCUUGGAAUAGAUUGCGAGUGGGUAAAUAUUAAAGAUCAGAAAAACUCUCCGGUUGCAUUAUUACAGAUUGCAACACCCUUGUCUGAUUGCUUCCUUAUUCGUUUGUGUAAAAUGGAUGGCCAAAUGCCUGAAUCAGUAAGAGACAUUCUAGAAGAUAAGACCAUUCUCAAAUUCGGCGUUGGAAUAAUGGACGAUGCCAAGAGAUUGUCAGGGAUGUGUGGUAUUGAUGUGUCUGGCUGUGUGGAUCUGAGACACGUGAUUCAAAGAUGCCGAGAGGGGAACAUUGUCCAGUCUAGGUAUGUAAACAAAUACCUAGUCCCAAUUUCUCCCUUGAACCUUUGACCUCUAAUUCUCCAUACAUUAUUACCUCUGAAUCAUGUAUUAGUAUCAGGAGAUUAAAGGAAUUGAUCACCAACUAAAAGAGCUCUUGAUUGUUUGACAAAUUCUCCUUGUCAGCAACUCAAGAUAGGUGUAGAGAACAGUAUGGAGAAUAUGCAUCCUGAUGUUGAGAUGGAAAGGUUUAACUCUCCUCACUCUUUCAAAAGACAUCUUUCUCUAUUUGCCCUCUGUGUUCCUGGUUAUAGAGUGUUGUAAAUGCCUUUUGUCUCUCUUGUUGACAGAAAUCAGAAGAUGAGCUUGGAUGCCUUAGCUAAGAGAGUUCUUGGUGUGACCAUGGACAAGUAUUGGAGAAUUCGCUGUAGCAACUGGGAGGCAGAUGAGUUUGAAAGAAGGCAGAUUGAGUAUGCAAUGAAUGAUGCCAUGGUCGGGAGUCAUAUUUUUCUUAGAUUGGUAAAAUCUAAACUGGAUGCACGAAAAAUGGUGAGAUCUGUAGUCACACCAGCUGGGGAACCUGUUAAUGUGGAAAAGAGUUUGAGCACACAUUCUGGAUCUGUGUUGCAUGAAGAGAGCAUCAGCAUGGUUGGUAAUCUAGAAAAUUAUUCCCAGAUGCAAUGCUGUGAUUCUAGAAUGUGUGAUCAUGUUGAACAGAAGCUUAAAGAAUACAAGAAUGGUUUUAUUUUUGACACAGAGGAGCUUGAUGUUUUAACCUUUACAGCAGAUCUAAAAAAGUUGGAGUCAGAACAUGAUGAUGACAAAGGAUAUCUUUGUCAAGAGGAAGUCCUUUCUCUUCUACAAGAUUCAGUCUUUUGUCAAAGAGCUAGUUCACUCUGUCAAGGAGUUGUUGAUGUAUCAUUUAAGAAUGUAGAAAGUAUCACAGACAAAGAUAAAAGCAAAAAGCAAGAAAAUGUGACAGAAAUGCAUAACAGGAAGCCUUACAAAAGAGGUACCAUUAGAAAAUCCCCUCUUUACAUGAACUGCAUGCUGGCUGCACCUGAUGGAUCAAGGUUGUGUACUCUGGAUCGCAAGAAGGCUGAUUGGUAUAUUGAAAAGGGAAUUGGUAAGUAAAACCAACUUUUUUCUUGUGGUGCUUGCUUGAGUCCAAGUUUUCCACAUGUAGAUGACAAGAGCUAGUUGGAAAGCAAAUGAAAACCGUCUUUGGAAGGGAUAACAUUUUUCAGAUGCUUUCCACAACAUACCUUUUAAAAGACAAAUUUCAUAUGCAUGUGGAAUUUUGUUUUACCCAGUAAACCUUGAGUGACUAUAAUUUAAUUUCCUUAAAAUAAUACUGCUGAAUAUUCAUUAAGAGAUUAGAGGGAAUGAUCAUCAACCUAAGAAACUUUGAUUGUUCAGUGAAUUCUCCUUGUCAGUACCAAAGAAAAUGUAUGGAUAAGAGUACAACGAAUAUAGAUACUGAUGUUAGGGUGUAAACAGUUGAUGAUUAGUGCAAAAGCUGUGCUUAGAUUUAACUGAGCACCUGGGUACAUGCAGAUGUGUGUUGAAGUUAACUUUUGAUUUUUCAUUGACUUUCUAUAGGCAAGCUGACAAACCUUGACCCAUACACAGUCCAGCUCAACUUUGAACCCUCAGGAAGGCCUGGGUCAGAGGAUUCGUAUUACCUCAAUUUUAAAGACAAUAUUUGUGUUGUGUGUGGUAGUGAUAAGAGUUAUUUGAGGAAAAAUAUUGUUCCUCACGACUACCGCAGAUACUUUCCACUAGUCUUGAAAGAUCAUCAUUCCCACGAUGUGUUACUUAUGUGCUCUGAAUGCCAUCGUCUUUCCGCGUUUCACGAUGUCAAGUUGAGGAAAGAGCUGGAGAGGCAGUACAAUGCUCCUUUGGGUAAGAACUAAAGCAGAGGAAAAUCAGAUUCUUAACCAUUUCACUCCCAAUAUCAAAACGUAAAUUCUCAGCACUAUCGCUCAUAUAGUUCUCUUGAUGUUUGAUGUAGAGAUUUGCUGCUGAAUCAAACAAUAUCCUCAGCUAAUAUUUAUAUUCUUUUUCAUUGCCCUUCUGCCUGAAAAUGUAUUGAUAUUGCUUCACCUCCUCUGUGUUCUGUCUUUCUUCAUGCCAGGAAAUGCCAGUGUGGCCCGCCUCGUGGAAGAUCCCGAUCUAAAGAAAGUGAAAUCAGCUGCAAGAGCUUUGAACUGUGCUGGACAAAACUUGCCUUCAGCCAGGCAUGAACAACUCACUUGCAUUGUCCAAGAACAUUUUAAGACCUCCAGUUUGACUCCUGAAAUGAUUCAAGAAGCUGCAACAAUGGAAACUCGGAAAGAGAAUUCGAAUUAUGUGUCUCAUGGGCAAGAAGUCGUGAAAAAGAUCCGGGAAGAGGGAAAAUUGCUCGAGUUUGAGAAAAUGUGGAGACAGCACUUUUUGGACACGAUGCGCCCGCGUCACCUGCCACCUUUGUGGUCAGUUGACCAUCGUCAUGAUAGUUUAAAGGAAAAAAUUGAGGAUUUAAACGACAGCUGA